AUGCAUUUAGAAAAUUAUGCAGCUGCACUUAUUGCAGCUGCCCCCGAGGGCGUCGAUGUAAAAAAUGCGUGUUUUGGAGGGACUCAGGCCGUAUUCCAUGCUAUUGAUUGGGUAUACGCAAACUACUCAAUGGAAAAGCGGAACGCCAUCGCCGUUCUUGCUGAUAUAGCCGUAUAUGAACCUGGUCCUGCGAGGUCCACAGGAGGAGCGGGAGCUAUUGCAGUACUUAUUACACCGGAUGCUCCUAUUGCAUUCGACCGUGGACUCCGGGCGACGUACAUGGCGAGCUCGUGGGAUUUUUACAAGCCAAUCGGUAAAACUUGCACCGAAUAUCCUAUUGUCGAUGGUCCUGUGAGUUUGCAGUCGUAUAUGAACGCUUUGGAUAGCUGUUAUGUCCGUUACAAAGAAAAAGCCAUGAAGAUAUAUGGAGAAGAUAUUUCUCUUUCGUCAUUCUCGGCAGCUAUGUUUCAUUCGCCGUUCACUCGCAUGGUACAGAAGGCAGUAGCGCGUCUUACUUACAGGGACUACGAGAAUGGAAAAGGAGAGUACGGCAGCUCCUACUCAAAGCUUGGGGUAUUAUCUCAGUCGUCGUUCGAAGACCGAGAAGUGAUGCGUUCUCUACUAUCCGGGUCGGAACCGUUGUGGCAACAAAAAACAAAUCCAUUUCUUGUGUUGAAUCGACGAAUAGGUAACAUGUACACGCCGUCACUCUUUGCGCAAUUGGUGGCUUAUUUAGCUUCUGGAGCUUUUGAUGACCUAUGUCGAAUAUUGUUUUUUGCAUACGGUAGUGGAUCAGCAUCAGCAAUGUUUUCCGCAAAGAUCUGUGAUCGGACAGACAAUCGUCUAAGUCGAAUGCAAGCCGUUUGUCAUAACGCGAUUUCACGAUUGGACGAAAGACUAGAAUGCACACCGGAAAUAUAUUCGGAAGCGAUGAAAAUGCGCGAGAUUUUCCUUGCUUCUGAGGUGCCCGUAACUCCUAAGGCUAAUGGAACUGGACCAUCGUCGACGUCUCUUUUUCCUGGAACUUACUAUUUGAAAUCACUGGAUGAAAAGUACCGUCGAUCAUACGAGGUUUUGCCAUACCGUGCUGUAUCGGAAAAUCACGAAAAUGGUAUCACGAAUGGAAUACAAGGAGAAGGAGAUUCAUAG